AUGAGUCUUAGGUUUGAAGAUACUACACGUGAGAUAUCUCGUAAUCUCGAACUAAAUAACGAUGAAGGCUUUACUCAGUCAAACAUUGAACUCACGUGUAAUAUUGUUGAGUUUGCAAAUAAAAUUAUUGUGAGUGUACUUCAGAAUGGAGAAAUGGAUCUCAGCUUUGAUGUCCCUUUACCAAAAUUGAAAGAAGGUAAGAUACCAUUCAAUGACGAUGAAACAGACACCUAUGAUGUGGUGUUGGAUAAUCAGGUUUCAUCAACUCAAUUACUAGGUGGUGUGUAUAACAUGAAGAAUCAGGUUGCUGUUUCUCAGAUUGGAAAACUUUUGGCCCAAUAUCAAAAUAAAAAUGUUAUCUUAAAUAUGAGUGGCCGUUUGUUUUCAGGGACAGAAUUCAAUCCGAAUGACUUUACCAAGUUGAAAUUUAUAAUCAAACUUGUGAAAGACACAUACACAAACGAUGGAAAAAGUUCCGAAUAA